GUAUAAGCAAGGCAUAAAGAUUUCUCGCAGAGCUUCUGCGGAGUACCCGAAGCCCGCCAGCUGCCGAGAUCCGGGCCAGACAUGCGACUCGCGUUACUCUUGGCCGCCUCGCUGGCAUUAGUGGGAACGGUCGCAGGACGCGGCCGACCCAGGAAGGACGGUCAAGUUGACGGAUGCGCUGGCGCUUCCCACAACAGACGCCCUCUCAUGGUGCCAAGAUCAGAAUUCAGGAAGUACCUGGGAUUGGCCUUCGAAUUGGCGACCCGUAUCUCAAUGCUCAGUAGAAAGAUAUACCACUUCCGGCGCAUCGAGCAGAUUCGGUGGCAGACCAAGUCCAGACUCAUUAUGAAGAUUAGGAACCUCUCCUCCAGCUGCAAAAAUGUGCCUUGGUAUCCGUACCAUGUCGCGCAGUGCAAGCCGGAUUACAGGAAGGGCGCCGCAACAUGUUGGGCCACGAUGGACUUGCUGCCCAGAUCACUAAAAGUAAAAAGAAUAUAUAGACCAACGUGCCGGGAAUUUAACAGGAGUACACCGAGAUGGCCAGGCACGUCAAAUCGCCGCUAUUAGCUCCGCUGCAUAUAGAACAUCGUCUCAGCGGUUUUUGUCACCAGCUACGUGCAAUUUUAUUGAUUGCGUGCCCACAAUAAAGGAAAGAACGCUUCA